AACUAAAAAUAAAUGUCUGAGCCCGGGUUCGAACCGGGGACCUCUAGUGUGUGAGACUAGCGUGAUAACCGACUACACCACCCAGACUUAAUUAACUAUAUAUCUUAAAUUACUUUAUUGUACAAUAGCACAAGCCAAAAGAGCCAUCGAGUGAUGCUGAUGCGGCGGUGUGAUUGUCGCCGCCGGCGUGGAGAAUCGUUACCGUUAUCGUUACUAUGAGUUUGUUGCCCAUUAUUACUUACUUCUCCAUUGAAACAUCAUCGCAAAUUUCUUAUUUGAUCCCAUUGAGCGUUUUAUGUUCAUUCACUUAAACGCUGCGUUUUGCUUCUUCUUCUCCUUCUUCUUCACUUCACUUCAACCUCAGACACUUGUCUUCCUUAAUGGCUCACUCUCAGGUUGCGUAUUUGAUUCCAUUGAAAGCUGAUUUAAAGGAAGACGAUUCAUCUCCAAGGAUAACUUUAUCCGAAGGUCCAAACUUCAUCGGCCGCGGCAACGUUUCAAUCGUCGAUAAGCGUCUCAGUCGCAAACACAUCACCAUUAUGGCUUCCACGUCUGGCUCAGCUUCGUUGUCAGUGGAAGGAACGAAUCCGGUUGUUAUUAGGUCUUCUGGUGGCGGCGAGAGGAAGAAAGUGAAACCCCGUGAAGAGGUUUCAGUAAGUAAUGAUGAUCUUAUUGAAUUGAUCCCUGGUCAUCAUUUCUUCAAGCUAGUUUUGUUACCCGUUGAAAAAAAAGGAAGCCAUGAAAGAGCUACUAAGAAAGCUCGAAAGGCUGAAGAUGAUGUAGAGGCCAUUCGUCGUUUUUGUCCACCUAAUGAGAAACUACCUUCAACGUUUCGGCUUUUGAGUGUUAAUGGAUUGCCUGAUUGGGCUAAUACCUCUUGUGUUUCCAUUAAUGAUGUCAUUGAGGGAGACAUUGUUGCUGCAAUCCUAUCAAAUUAUAUGGUCGAUGUAGACUGGUUAAUGUCAGCUUGUCCCAAACUGGCCAACAUUCCCCAGGUUAUGGUCAUUCAUGGAGAAGGUGAUGGUAGGCAAGAGUAUAUUCAGAGGAAGAAGCCAGUUAAUUGGAUUCUUCAUAAGCCCCGGUUACCUAUUUCAUUCGGGACACACCAUUCGAAGGCUAUAUUUCUUGUCUAUCCUCGAGGAGUGAGAGUUGUAGUACACACUGCGAAUCUGAUCCAUGUUGAUUGGAACAACAAAAGCCAAGGUUUGUGGAUGCAAGAUUUUCCUUGGAAAGAUGAUGACAAAGAUCCACCUAAAGGUUGUGGAUUCGAAGGUGAUCUUAUCGAUUACCUCACUGUUCUUAAGUGGCCUGAGUUCAGUGCAAACUUGCCUGGCCGUGGUAAUGUCAAAAUCAAUGCAGCCUUCUUCAAAAAGUUUGAUUAUUCUGAUGCUAAGGUUAGACUAAUUGCAUCAGUCCCUGGAUACCACACUGGUUUGAACUUGAAAAAAUGGGGACACAUGAAGCUACGGACUAUUCUUCAAGAAUGCAUAUUCGAUAGAGAGUUCUGCAGAUCCCCGUUAGUUUAUCAGUUUUCUUCACUUGGUUCUUUAGACGAGAAAUGGUUGGCUGAAUUUGGAAAUUCUUUGUCUUCUGGUAUAUCAGAGGACAAAACUCCUCUCGGUCCCGGGGAUCCAUUGAUAAUAUGGCCUACAGUAGAAGACGUCAGAUGUUCUUUAGAGGGUUAUGCUGCUGGCAAUGCAAUUCCGAGCCCUUUGAAGAACGUGGAGAAACCAUUCUUGAAAAAGUAUUGGGCUAGAUGGACAGCGGAUCACAGUGCUCGUGGUCGUGCCAUGCCACAUAUAAAGACGUUCACACGUUACAACGACCAGAAGCUUGCAUGGUUCUUACUAACCUCAUCGAAUCUUAGCAAAGCGGCCUGGGGAGCACUUCAGAAAAACAAUUCCCAGUUGAUGAUCCGUUCCUACGAGUUGGGCGUCUUGUUUUUACCAUCUCCAAUAAAAACACAAGGUUGUAUAUUUUCAUGCACUGAGAGCAACCCGAGUACUAUGAAGGCAAAACAAGAGAGGAAAGACGAAGCAGAGAAGAGGAGUAAGCUAGUGACCAUGACCUGGCAAGGAGAUAGAGAUUCGCCUGAGAUAAUCUCAUUACCAAUUCCUUAUGAACUACCUCCUAAGCCAUACUCAGCCGAAGAUGUGCCAUGGUCAUGGGACCGAGGCUACUCGAAGAAAGAUGUGUAUGGACAAGUCUGGCCAAGAUAGUUGAUGAUAGCUUUAGUAGCUAUAACUGAGACUUGAGUGAGAUAGUGGCGUUAUGGAUUUUACUCACUCACUAAGCGAUCAAUAAUCACUAAGCGAUCAACAACCAGACGGAUAAACAAAAAUUAGUGUGAAAACAGAUUGAAAUCUGUGGAUUAAUCCGGAGUAGUCCAACAAUUGAUAGGAUUAGUAUUGAUAAAAGUUUAGUCUGUGAAAGAAAAUUGACCUGUCGGCUUCAGUCUGCCGUACGAACGAGGUUGAAAGGUUAAAAAAUCUCGUGGGCCAACAGAGUAUUUUACGUGUUGGCUCAUUUUUAAUUUUUUAUAUCUUUUUUUUUUUUUUUUUUUUUAUAUAUCUUAUAUAUGUGAAGGUUACAUCAUUAUUGUUUUAAUCUCUUAAUAUCUAGUAGUAAAUUUUUUGUCGA